CAUCAUCGCCCCGCUUCUCUUCGCCCCGAUUGGCGACCGCUCGACGACACCGUUUGAGAUCGCCGCUGGAUAAGGGCGCGUGCCGGAUCCGCCGCCUCUUCUUCCUUGCCCCUUCCGGUUCCCCCGUUCCCUUGUGUGGGGUUGCCGCCGCCGCCGCCGCCGGCUGCCCCAAGAAGCGGCGCAGGGCUCCGCUUAUAGGGUUUCGCCGCCUCGGCCCUCCCGUGCGGAUCCGGUGCAGGAGCCUCCCGCUCUGGUUUUGUCCCUUUUUUAGGUCGUCUUUCUUGGCCUCUUUUUUUUUUUUUUUUUCUUGGAUUCCGGUGUCGGUGUUCCUGUCCUCCACGGUUCUAGGAUUGGCGGUGAGGUAGAUUGAUAGUCGCUCCUGAUUUAGGCCAAAAAAAUAAUAAUGAAGAUUCAUCUUUACUCUGUAUUAAUCUUGGCGGAUCCAUCCAUCCUUAUUGAAGAGCGCUUAUAAGAAUAUGUUGGAUUUCGUCGUUAGGACAUCGCGUCUUUGACGUUCGUAUUAUGUCUGAAUUGUUUCAUCAAGAAGUCAUCUUGGUUUGUGUCUCUAGGGUUUUGUCUUUGGUUCGGUCGCAGUUGAUUUCGCUUCCUUAGUGAUUCGACUGAAGAGUGAUUUUUUCCUUUUCCUUUCUAAUUCUGAUAUCAGGUACGAUCCGUCGUGUAUUAGGGUGGUUGUUCGCCUGUUCUUGUAUUCAAGAUCUUUAACUAUUAUCUUCUCUUGGAAGCGGUUCUUGUUAAAUAUGCGCUUCAAGUUAUUCUAGAACCGCUUCGUGGAAGAGGAAAAUUUUAUCCCUUUGCCUCAUUUUGGAAUGAAUAGUUCUGAUAAAAUGGUUCGCAAACCGCCACCUGCUCCAAGACAAUAUGGUCUGACAAAGCCAAUCUCGACUGCUGGGCCUACCGCAGCAGAUCUCAAGAGGACAAUUGAACUAGAGAAGUUCUUGCUCGAUGCUGGACUUUAUGAGAGCAAGGAAGAAGCUAUCAAGAGAGAGGAGGUUUUAGGAGAAAUAAAUGAGAUUGUUAAAAGCUGGGUGAAGCAGUUAACUCGUCAAAGGGGUUACUCUGAUCAAAUGGUUGAAGAGGCCAAUGCUGUCAUUUUUACAUUUGGAUCUUAUCGUUUGGGGGUUCACGGACCAGGGUCUGACAUUGAUACGCUGUGUGUUGGGCCUUCCUAUGUUAAUCGAGAGGAAGACUUCUUCAUUGUUUUGCAUGACAUUUUGGCUGAAAUGGAGGAAGUUUCUGAACUGCAACCAGUGCCUGAUGCUCAUGUUCCUGUUAUGAGAUUUAAAUUUCACGGGAUAUCCAUCGAUCUUCUUUAUGCCAGUAUAUCACAGUUAGUUGUUCCAGAGGAUUUGGACAUCUCCCAUGGAUCUGUGCUUUACGAUGUUGACGAGGCAACAGUUAGAAGUCUUAAUGGCUGUAGGGUAGCAGACCAAAUUCUUCGGUUGGUGCCAAAAAUCGAGAAUUUUCGAACAACUCUCAGAUGCUUGAAGUUCUGGGCUAAGAAGCGGGGAGUUUAUUCAAAUGUGACUGGAUUUCUUGGGGGUGUAAAUUGGGCUCUGUUGGUUGCUCGUGUCUGUCAGCUUUAUCCUAAUGCUGUCCCAAGUAUGCUAGUAUCACGAUUCUUCAGAGUUUAUACUCAGUGGCGCUGGCCAAAUCCAGUAAUGUUGUGUGCUACUGAGGAAGAUGAACUUGGUCUCCCUGUGUGGGAUCCGCGUAAGAACCCACGAGAUCGAACUCACCAUAUGCCUAUUAUUACUCCGGCAUAUCCAUGCAUGAACUCUAGUUAUAACGUAUCAACAAGCACAUUAAGAGUUAUGAUGGAACAAUUUCAAAUUGGCAACAUGACCUGUGAGGAUAUUGAGUUGAAUAAGGCAGGUUGGAGUGCUUUGUUUGAGUCUUACCUUUUCUUUGAGACAUACAGAAACUAUCUCCAGAUUGAUAUUGUAGCUGCUGAUUCUGAGGAUCUAAGGUUAUGGAAGGGGUGGGUUGAAUCACGUCUGAGGCAGUUGACUCUGAAGAUUGAGCGGGACACCUAUGGCAUGCUGCAGUGCCAUCCAUACCCCAAUGAGUAUGUAGAUCACUCCAGACAGUGGUCACAUUGUGCCUUCUUUAUGGGCUUGCAAAGGAAACAAGGGGUGAAGAUCCAAGAAGGCCAACAGUUUGAUAUACGUGGAACCGUUGAUGAGUUUAGGCAUGAAGUGAACAUGUAUAUGUUCUGGAAACCUAGGAUGGAAAUAUAUGUUUCUCAUGUUCGUAGAAAGCAGCUACCUUCUUAUGUUUUUCCAGUAGGACAUAAGAGACCUCGUCCAUCCAGACCCAUAGGCCAGCAACUGAUUGAUAAAACUUCUGGUGAAGAUUCAUGUGAUGAAUGUCAAGGAGGACCAUCGGUGCUUCCACUUAAGAGAAGAAUGAAUGCUGAUUACUUGGAUGAUAGAGCAAACAAACUUGAGAAGCAGGCAUCGAUUAAUUCAAGCUGGGAGAAAUUUCCAAACUCUGACCAACACAAUCAUGUAGAUGUAGAUGAGAAUUGGAGCAAGAGGAAAAAGGAUGAACCACAUGAAGUUGUCUUUAAGCAAGUUAGCUAUGGUUCUGUUUGCCUGAGCUGGCAGCUGCAAGCAUUUGCUUCUAACAUCGAUAACAUAUCAGUUGGCAGCAGUGAUGUGGAUGAUGGCACGGAAGGACCGUUUGGAGAUGACCAAGAUGGCAAUGGAGCGAAGCUGGUAAAUGGAAUUUCACAUUUUGGAAGUGGCAAGGCUUCAGCGGGAAAGCUGUUCUGCAAUUCAGAGACAUUUGAGGCGGUGGUUAUGCAACAGCUUGCUGGCAGUGAUAGCACCAGUUUGGAUGACGGACAAGAUCUACUGCACUAUGGUAGGCAGGGAGCCAACGUAGAGAUGGAUAACUUGAAUGGAUCAGCACGAGAUGGUGUGGGAGAUACCUUAAAGCCAAACUUUGCAUUUGGAGUGGCCCUUCAAAAAGCUCAUGGAGUGACUGCUAAUGCUGCACAGAAACCCGCACUAAGGCAUGCCUCGAUGAACCCUAUAUUCUACUUUGUGAUCACUAAUGCUGUGUUUUCUUUAUGCUAUUCUGCUUGUUGCAUUGUUUUUCCAUCUUUGUGGCAGUCUCAGUCUAAUUUCGAAGGCAUGAAGUUCUGAGGAUGGUUGGGACACUGAAAAGGAAGCGACAACCUGAAUUGCCAUUUUGUAGGAAGGAAAGCCUGAUCUGCAAUUGGUGGGUAAGUUUUACUGGAUUUUAACAAAGUUUAUGUUAUGCAUGCAAUUGAAUUGGUAUGAACAAGUGGAAGAACUGAUGGGGAGGUGUACUAUUCUAAGCAAGCUGUUCUAACAAUCUGCGACAGAAAGUUUAUAUAUACAAUCAUCUUGAAGAUUAUCUAGCAGAUGUUUUGAGAUCGGAGACUCAUUCUGCAUGUCUGGUCAACCGGUCGUGGUACAAAGACUCUGUGCCAACGUGCCUCAUGACAGAUCACUGAGGUGUUAUUUUUGUUUCUAUUUUAUUAGGACUGUACACUUGUAUUGCCUUGUAAAAUAUUACUUCCAUGUUGGAGUUCAUUUUGUAUCGCUACUGAGUUAACUGAAUCAAUAGAAGCCAGACAGUUGCUUGCA